AUGGUGCCAAUCAGCCUUCCAAAAACCAGUGGCUUACGUUUACUUUCUUACUGCAAUCUCAGUAGCAUUCCCCUUCGUCCACUUCUUCCCACAUGUUCUUCACCAUUACACUCUUCAUCAAAAGCAAAUUUAAAUAAACUCUCAACACCAAACUCUCCUUCUCUUUCUCUUUCCAUAUCCCCAUUACAAAUCGCAUCAAAAUCAACCAGAAGAAUCUUCUGCACAUCCCAAACUGUAUCCACAGAAACAACCGAUGACAACAAAGUAAAAGAUGAAGUUGUUGUCGAUAUGAUGAAGAUAAAAGACAUGGCAAACACACUAGACAUAAGGGUAGGGAAAAUCUUGAAAGCAUGGAGACACGAAGAGGCUGAUUCACUAUACGUGGAAGAAGUAGACAUUGGAGAACCAGAGCCAAGGAUAAUCUGUAGUGGGCUUGUGAAAUACAUUCCACUUGAAGAAUUACAAGACAAGAAAGUAGUAGUUCUUGCUAACUUAAAGCCAAGAAACAUGCGGGGUGUGAAGUCAUCUGGAAUGUUAAUGGCUGCUUCUGAUGUGUCACAUGAGAAUGUUGAGUUGCUUGAGCCACCUCAAGGGGUAGCCCUAGGAGAGAGGAUAUGGUUUGGAGGUGAAGAUGAUAAAGAGAAGCUACCUGAAACUGCAUCACCUAAUCAGAUUGCAAAAAAGAAGAUAUGGGAACAAGUGCAGCCUCAUUUGUCUACAACUGCUUCUUGUGUUGCUACAUUAGGAGUUUGA